AUUCCUUCCCCGAGCAAGGAAAACAUCUUGUCUUCCCAGCCCUUCUCUCUUUCGCAGUAUCUGUUAACUCAGUCAGACUGAGGAUGCAUAUAUGUGGGGAAAAUAUCGACUUCCAGCCUCCCUCAUGUGACCUCUACCUCAUUCGGGAAUCUCUGACCCAGUAUCGGAACGUUAAACGGCUUCUCCGCUUUCCUGCCGUGAGAGACUCGCGGUGACAACCUCCGCUUCCGGUUGGCUCCGGUUGCAGAGUUGAGUGUCCUGAGAGGUCAGUUUGCCGUCAGGGAAAGGAUACCAGCUCUUUUUCUGUACUAGAGCCAGGUUCCUUAAGUGGAGAUUGAUCUUCAUCAGACUUUUAGAUUCACUUCAGACACAGGUUCCUUACAGAGACAGUAAUUAAAAAUUGUUUGAAAAACACUGCCUUAGAAGCUCCCUGUAUGUUUCUGUGAUUCCAUCUCCUCCACGAAGAGACAUGGCACAUGGACAUGGACAUGAACAUGGACAUGGUAAAAUGGAACUUCCAGAUUAUAGACAAUGGAAGAUAGAAGGGACACCAUUAGAAACUGUCCAGAAGAGGCUGGCUGCAAAAGGGCUAAGGGAUCCAUGGGGCCGCAAUGAAGCUUGGAGAUACAUGGGUGGCUUUGCACAAAAGGUUACCUUUUUUGAUGUAUUCUUUAAAGGAUUCAAAUGGGGAUUUGCUGCAUUUGUGGUAGCUGUAGGAGCUGAAUAUUACCUGGAGUCCCUGAAUAAAGAUAAGAAGCAUCACUGAAGAUAAUACCUGGAAGUAUCAUAGUGGUUUCUUAACUCUCCAAAAUAAGAUUUCUUCACUAUAGCCUACUUGACUUGUUUGUCCCUUAAAGAAUAUUAGUAUGAUUUAAUAAAGUAAAAUAAAAUAUAUAUAUGCCAA